AAACAAUAAAUAAUUUAGUACCAUCGUCGCUUCACUCGUUUAAUAUCGUAAAAUGUAAUCUAUGAUUUAGCAGAGCUUCUUGGAGCGAUUUUAUAUCGUUGAAAUAAAAUACGACUGACGUGUCCGCGUUUCAGGUAAGCCAACCUAAAUGCAAUGUCAGCAGGCACUGGCGACGUGAUUAGAUUGCCCAGCGUGGUUGGCUGCCUUGAGUCCAUACAAAAUUAGUUGUAUAUGAUGUCAGCUGAUGGUGUUACGAUGAAGUGAUAUAGACAAUGUACGUGGUUGUGAGGUAGUAGGCUUCGUAGCGUAAACAAUGCAUCUAUAACGUCCAUUGAUCUAUGUAACCAUGGCAUACCAAACAUUCCUACAAGAAUACAUGCAGAUGCCAGUUGUGACCAGGGCGUACACAACGGCCUGUGUGAUUACAACUUUGGCUGUUCAUCUGGAUCUGGUGUCACCGUUCCAACUGUAUUUCAACCCAAUACUGAUAAUGGAGCAAUAUCAGCUCUGGCGACUGGUGACAACAUUCCUGUUCUUCGGGACAGUGGGCUUUAAUUUUUUCUUCAGCAUGAUAUUUACGUAUAGAUAUUGUCGCAUGCUGGAGGAAGGCUCAUUUCGUGGCAGAACAGCAGACUUUGUUAUGAUGUUCCUAUUUGGAGGAUUUAUGAUGAUUCUUUUUGCGUAUUUUAUUAAUCUGCUCUUUCUUGGACAAGCAUUUACAAUAAUGCUAGUAUAUGUGUGGUCUCGAAGAAAUCCAUUUGUGCGAAUGAAUUUUUUUGGCCUAAUGAAUUUCCAGGCUCCCUACUUACCAUGGGUACUACUUGGCUUCUCAGUCCUGCUGGGAAACUCCGUUUGGUUGGACAUAGUAGGGAUGGCUGUUGGACAUAUGUACUACUUCAUUGAGGAUGUCUUCCCAAAUCAGCAAGGUGGAUUCCGCCUGCUCUCCACACCACAGUUGCUGAAGACGCUGUUUGAUGCACAGAAUGAUCCUGACUACACGCCGCUACCUGAGGAACGCCCAGGUGGAUUUAAUUGGGCAGAAGCUGAACAGCCUGACCAGCCGCAGUGAAUUUGUGCAUGUGCGAGUAAAAUAAAACAGUUUCCUUCUCUAUUCUCUGCACACUCUGCAGACUUCUUUCAUAAUUAUUGAGAAGGGGGAAAAAGAGCCUAUUGUUAGACCUGGAAUUGUGGUUCAGAUCACAAUCAGUGUAACCUCUACUGUUCACCAUAGUUUGUAAAUACUGAACUGCCUCUGGUGCAGUGAGGCUAUGGGGCAGUUUAUAACUGCUGGAUCAACUUUAUUAAAUCUCUUUGUGAUGUUCAAUCAAUCACAAUCUCACCAAAGAAAAAAGCACAUAAUAAAUGCAGUGGAAAACUGAUUGAUUCUUCCUUCUGUGAUGUGGAUGUGCUCUACAUAUGUAAGUAAAAGUGAGUUUUAUUCCAAGAGCUAUAUAUAUUCACACUGUUGGAUGGUAAGGUGUUAGAUUUUGAUCUACUCUAAAAUUCAGUGACUGUCAUACACUUGACUGUCGCAUUUAUGCACAAAAAUGUAUCCAAUGGAUGUGUUUGGAAUGAAAUGAGAUGUUUACCAAAUGUAAUUAAAUAUUUUAUGUGUAAGUCAGUUUGUUUACUACAAGAUGCCAUGACUUAAUUAGGUCAUUGUUGUUAUUUCAUAAUCAAAACAAUUUGUACCUGAAUACCACAUUAUUUUUAUUUAUAUUAUCUUUCCUGGAACCACACUGAAUGUAUAGUGUGGUACAUGCAUCAAAAUGUGCAAAAAAUAAGAGUUUUCCAAGAGAUUGAAGAAUAUUUACCAUUGGUGUCUUAUAGUGUAAUUCACUCGAAACAUGAGGCACAGAUGUAAAUAAAUUUACAUAAAACAUUA